AUGGAUGAACAACCAGACCUUAAUAGUAUCCUUCUUGUACUACAGCAAAUCCAACAAGAGAACCAACUCUUGAGACAAGAAAAUAUGGACUUUUGCAACAAACUCAACCAACUUCAGUUGCAAGAAGAGACUCUCAACCAUCCAAAAGAGCUAAAAGUUAGCCUACUGGAUAAGUUUGAUAGGACUCGCUCAAAGUUUAGAGGGUUCCUAAACCAAAUACGGCUUAUUAUCCGUUUACAACCCAGCCGAUACCCCAAUGAUAGGACUCAGGUGGGAUUGCUUGGCAGUUUACUUGUAGGCCCAGCAUUGGCAUGGUUUGCCCUACUCCUUGAAAAAGAAUCACCGCUGUUGAACGAUUUCAAUGGUUUUGUUAGAGAGUUUGAAGCUACCUUUGGGGACUCAGAAAAGGUUAGAACGGCAGCCAAUAGAAUCAGAAAACUUACCCAAGGAUCCAAUUCGGCUUCAAGUUACGCUUCAGAGUUUUGGCAAAUCUCUAAUGACAUGGACUAG